AUGACGGUUGAUGAAUAUUCCAACCAAUUCAUCCUCAUUGCCGCCGAUGCCGACAUCUCCGACAAGGAGCAAGUCCCUUACUUCCAACGCGGGUUAGACCCGCGCAUCAUGGACAAAAUAUAUGACAAAGAAGGAGAGGAAACCGCGCGGUUGAUCUGGAGGGAGAAGACGACGCACCCGCUAUGGGAAACCAAGCGGGAAUAUAUUGAGGAGUGGAGACAGAGGAUGUCCCUCGCAAUGACCAGCGGGUACCACAACCUGGUCCUUCAAUGGAACGUCCUUACCCUGCCCCAUCCGGACGACCCCAAAACAACCAUGGGCAACGCGCUAUGUUACCUAACGGACGACAGGGAGACGGAAGCGUCAGUCAUUCUGCUCGAAUCGGAGCAGUACUAG